AUAGUGUCUUGCGGUACUCAGGUCCGCUUUUAGACAAGGUGAUGCUCCUGACCACUACCCAAGCCAGUGACUCCCUCCCAUCAUGCUUUCAACUCUGGAGGUCGAUAUAAGACCAGGCUCUGGAAUUGGUAUGUUUGAGCUAGGUUCAUCGUUGUGGGCCGUGUUAACUAUGCUCCGGAGCCUCCAGCACCUCUUCCCUCAAGUGGAGGUUAAGUUUGACGCAGAAAACGCCUCCACGACGCCAGUGAUCCUUCAUUUGCGUCCGCAUUUCGAUCUCCUGUUUUCUGGUUAUCACCAACACCUCCACACGAUCUGCCUGAGGAAGAUUACAGACCUUCAUCCUCCAAUAAUUCUGCGGUACAAAGACUCCGUCAUCUGCUCAGGUGGUGAUCCGCUUGUGAAGGUUCAAAUAACUCGAGCAUUUGGUCCGACAUACCCUGGUGACGAGUUGCGGUAUCCUGGGGUCUGGUUUAGCUUCGAGGAUGACGCCAUCAACGAGAGCCUGAAAGGCGGGAUGCCACAUACUGGUCCUGAUCAACGCUCCAAGGAAGUUAAAAGGAUCAUUGUUACUCAGAAAGAAACACAAUCGGGAGAACAUGACGCUUUGGACGAGGUCAUCCCGUGUCCAGUAAUGUUCGGGGAUAUCUCGCGGGCAAUUAUCAAGAUACAUCAUGGAAUUGUUCUUCAUUUUUUUGCCCCUUCGUCGUCUCCGCUGCACAUAUGUCUAGGAGAAACCACUGCUCAAGACUUGAACAUUGACCUCGGGCCCCCAUCACGAGUUUAUUACAAAGAAGAUGGCCGCAUGGCUAUUCAUUCCCCGAACCCACAAUUAGAUGAGGGACAAGUACGCAAGAUCAUACUACACUCCAAUGUGCCUGGGUCGCCUCUGUUCCAGCAUUAUAAACGUUGUCCUUGGGAAUUGGAAGGAAGACCUGAAGACGACGAGGAUGAUACCCCUCCACGCAUGCGUCUCUCGGACAAGUUUGAGGCAAUUAGCCACUUUUUGAGCCCAAGAGAUCCACCGCCGCAAUCGAUGGUACUCGACCGUACGGAUGACGACGACACAAUUACUUUACCUAGUCCUGUAUCCCGGCUCUAUGGCUAUAGUGGUGUUAUCUUAGAAGUAAACGAGGCUUCCCAGGUUGUAACAGUUACAUUGUUUUGAAUGGCGG